AUGACUCAAAGGAAGAUCUUCUUGGUGGGAUCGCCUCUUUUCAGUAGCCUCAACUGGGACCCCGAUGAGCUUCUCAACAAGCCCAUAUAUCCCUUCGAAGAAACCCAGGCUCAACCUCGACUAACUGUGAAUGAACCUCACCAAACCAAAUGGAGAGCACUGCCAUCAACCUACGACUAUAAUGUUCCCUACCAGGAACAUGUGGACCCGUCCUUUUUUGUCUCCGAUCAGCUGGAUAUUGCACCGAAUGCCGACCUCUCCAGAUUUUACCGGCAUUCCUUUCUGGUUCAUGAAACCUCGGAAAUAUCUGCUUCAGACUUGGAGAUAGCAGACUCGACGCAGGAGAGCAGUUUGGGGGAGGACAGUGUGACUAUAUCUACGUAUGACAAAGAAGUCCCGAGGUCACCUCGCAUACUUCGCAUCCCUGGACCCCUCCGCGAUCUGCACGACCUGCCUACAGCGAAGUACAUCCAAUCCAUUGCACCACAGACUAUGACGGUGAACCUGAUUGUGGGGGUCCUGGCCGCCCAUCCCCCACGCCGCGUGGUAACACGGCAAUGGAAGACCGAAUUGGACAUUGUCGAGCUCGUCGUUGCCGAUGAGACCAAGACAGGAUUCGGAGUCAGCUUCUGGAUCAAGCCCGAGAAAAUAUCUGCCAAUGCCAACCCCAGUGAUGUACAACUGGCUCGAUCACUGGCCGAUCUGCGACCCCGCGAUAUUGUCCUCCUGCGUAAUGUUGGACUGAGCACAUUCCAACUGCAGGUAUACGGACAGAGUCUGCGCAGAGGGAUGACCACUGUUGAGCUCUUGCACCGACAGGCAGUAGACACGACGGAUGCAGUAGGAUUCUAUGAGAGCAUCCAGAGCAACGUGCAGGAUGCUCCACUACAGAAGACUCGCAGAGUACGGGAGUGGAUGCUCCAAUGGGUGACGGAUGCGGCAGGCGGUGGAAUGUCUGAAACACGUGGGCGACUGCCUCCGGACACGCAAUAA